AUGGAGGUCGCCUCAUCAGGCGUGCCAAAUGGCGCCUCAACACCAGAGACCGCAGCUCUGGUUGAUUCCGGUGCGGUCAUUCAGUACUUGACCGAAGUGCUCCAGGUGACACUGGGAGCCCAGAGGUCCGAGCUGGAAAGCGCUGGGAGCUUGCUUUCGGAAUCAAGAUACAAUGAAACACUGCAACGGUGUACGCGAUUUGCCUCGGAAUCGCAAGUCGCACUGUAUGUGCAAAAGGACAUUGUGACAGUGGAGGAAACCAACGGCGAAACGGAGGACCAAGAAACAGCUGUGCAAUAUGUCUAUAACCUCUCCACCGAUAUCUCGUCCGCUCCUACAACAGUAUCCUCGGUGGCCAUCAUCAAACGGCCUGUUCCAAUCGACAUGAGUCUUCCGAUAGCGUCGCAGGUCCAAGUCAUGAACCUUCCUGGUCCCGCUUCUCUCAGCAAUACCACCGCCCAGCAGGGGAAUUCCAUGUCGCCGUACCAGAUCCUACAUCUGAUGAUACACCAUGGUCUCAGUCCUUACUUCGAAUCCUACACUCGCAGCCAGGAGACGGCUGUCGGCACGAAAUCGAAAACGGAUACGGAAGCGAAGACUGGUAUCCCAGGAACAAAGAAGAGAUUCGCAGACUUGGAGCUGGGGUUGAUGCACCUCCAGCAGAAUGUGGAGAUUCCAGCUCUGAACCUGCCUCUUCAUGAAGUGGUACAGGCUGCUCUGAAGGAUGCGGAAGCACGUGGUAUCAAACCAUCGGUCGAGUUGAUUCCAUCGACGGUACUGGAGAGCAGCGCUUUCACAAACAGCAUUCAGAAUGUCGUGAACGGUUGGAUUAGAUCCAUCCAGACGAUCACUAAGAUGUCCCGCGACCCGGACAGCGAAUCUGCUUCUCCUGAGGUCAACUUCUGGCUGUCCCUAGAGGCUGCCCUGGAGGGAAUCGAUGCCCAACUCCAAAGCGAGGGCGUUCGGUUGACUAUGGACAUUCUCCGCCAUGCGAAACGGUACCAGCCGACCCUCAGUUUCGUAGCGGAUACUGGGCUGAAAGAGGCUACCGAAUUGGUUCAGAAGUAUAACCAAUUGAUGCGAGACUUCCCUCUCGAUGAACUCCUGUCUGCGACUUCCUUGCAAAAGGUCCAGGAAUCACUGAACUUGAUUUUCACUCACCUGAAUAAGAAGUUGAAGAUUUGCCCCUACCCCAUUAAGCGGGCACUUUCACUUGUCGAAGCUAUCUCCGGGGAUCUUGAUAAGAAGAUCCAUGAGCUUAUCACUGGACGUACGAUCUUGCAUCUGGAUUACCGUGAGUUCCGGUCUUUGAUGAAGACCACACAAGCGAUCUGGCGUACUUGGGACGAGAACUUGAAGGAAUUCACAAAUGUUGCGCGUGAAUCAACACGGCGUCGUAACGAAAAAUUCAUUCCGAUCAAAAUCAAUGCGAGACACGACAAAACCCGCGAGCGGGUGAAGUACGUCGACACCUUCAGGAUCAACCAUGAACAACUCCAGAAAACCAUUAUCAACGUCCUCGGACCCAACAGCUCUUCCUCUGCUGAGAAUGGGGCCGGAGUUGAUGCUGACGGCGCCGUGAUAGUCGAGGAGAUUGGUGAUGUCGAUGCCGUGGAGGAAGUUGCGCACGCCUACGCUGCUCUCAAGAACGUGGACGUGUUGGAUGUUUCACCGGAGGGAUCUCUCACCUGGGAACAGGCCGAAAUUGCCUACAGUGAGCGUACUUCCCGUGUUGAGAAUUCUAUCAUUGCUCGUCUACGUGACCGUCUGGCCACCGCUAGGAAUGCCAAUGAGAUGUUCCGUGUCUUCUCGAAGUUUAACGCCCUUCUCGUUCGUCCUAAGAUCCGUGGUGCGAUUGGCGAGUAUCAAACGCAACUUAUCGACAAUGUCAAGCGAGAUAUCAGUGCUUUGCAUGAGCGCUUCAAGCAACAGUACGGUAAUUCGGAAGCACAUGCUAUGGCCCAACUACGGGACCUGCCGCCCGUGUCCGGCGCCAUUAUCUGGACUCGCCAGAUUGAGCAUCAGCUUAAUGGCUACAUGCGCAAGGUCGAAAACGUCCUCGGUGAGAACUGGCACCUACACGCCGAGGGCCAGAAGUUGCAGAAUGAGGGUAACUUGUUCCGCAAGAAGCUCGACACCCGGCCGGUCUUCGAGUCAUGGCUGUGGGAUGUUCAACGACGCCAUUUUACAAUCGCUGGACGGCUGUUUAAUGUCGUGCGCAACCGAUCCGCAGGAAACGUUUUGGAGCUGGCAGUCAACUUCGAUGCUCAGAUCAUUGCCCUCUUCAAGGAGGUCCGCAAUCUUAUCUGGCUCAACUUCCAGGUUCCUCAUGCUGUCAGUAAUAUUUCGAAGGAGGCGAAGCGUGUUUACCCCUACGCCAUUAGUCUGAUGGAGAGUGUCCGCACUCUAUUGCAGACGAAUCGUGCGAUCGCGUCGAUGACCGAUGUUAAUAUGCUGCUCAAUGGCUACAUGAACGAUGCACAGAUUAUGGUUGCUAAGGGUAUCCCUCUCCGUUGGGAGUCCUUUGUCCAUUCUUACGAGCUACACGUCAAGCAGUCAGCAUUGGCAAAUGGUGCUAUUGAGGCAUCUUUGCCUGGUCGUUCUGAAAGCAAGCAUGUUCAAUUUGUCCGCGAGUUUGCCGUUUCAGCAUCCACACUUCAGACAAAAACCACUGUGCUUGACACCAUCAACGAGAACAUUCAGAAAUCGAUCCAUGAACUCAAGACAUGCCCAUACGACGCAUCAGCUUUCAAGCAACGUUUGGACAGCAUCCAAGUUGCCGUCGACAAGCUUAACCUCGAAAACUACGUGAACCUUGGAUACUGGGUUGCUGAGCUUAAUGGAAGCAUCGAGGCAAUUCUGCGUGAUCGACUUCUUCGCGCUGUGCGCGAGUGGAUCAUCACCUUCCAAGGCACCAACAAUGAAAACUCGACUACUUCUCAUCAUCAAUUUGCAGCGGGUGAAAUGGAUGCUUUGAACUACAAGAUUCAAUUCCCUGAACUCUUCCAUGAGAUCCUGAUGAAAAACCAAGUCCUUCACCUCGACCCGCCGUUGCAAUUCGCACGCGCAAGCUGGUUCUCCCACUUUGAUGCAUGGCUCGGUGUGAUUUGCAAUCUAGAAAAGAUCAAACCCUCGCGUUACCAGAUCUCCAUCGUUGUGCAAAAUGUUCGCCUGUCCGAAGUCUGCUUCUCCAACCUCCCGCAAAAUUGCACUGAUGAGCUCAACGAGGUCUACAAUGUUGUCGAGUCGAGAGUGAAGGAUGUUUCUGAGUAUGUUGAUAAGUGGCUGCAGUUCCAAUCACUUUGGGACCUUCGGUCUGAACAGGUCUACGAGAUCCUGGGAGAUGAUCUGUCUCAAUGGCUUCAGCUUCUUCAGGAAAUCAGAAAGAGCCGGGCUACAUUCGAUACUUCUGAAGUCAGUCGCGGCUUCGGAAACAUCAGGAUUGACUACGAGCAAGUCCAAACUAAGGUGAACGCCAAAUACGACCAGUGGCAGCAUGAGAUCCUCGUGAAGUUCGGUUCCAAGCUUGGCGGCCGUAUGAGAGAGGUUCAUUCCGAGAUUGCUGCUGCCCGCAGGGACUUGGAAGGCCAAACCCUGGAGGCCUCUUCAACGGCGCAUGCCGUGUCUUUCAUUACCAUUGUUCAGCAGUGCAAGCGGAAGACUCGAGUCUGGGAGCCUGAGGUUGAUCUAUUCCGCCAAGGUCAAACCACGCUCGCCCGCCAACGUUACCAGUUCCCUUAUGACUGGCUUCACGUUGAGAAUGUUGACGGCGAAUGGGCAGCCCUCAACGAGCUGCUUAGCCGCAAGAGCAAAAUUGUCAACGAGCAAACCGAAGGCCUGCGUGCAAAGAUUAGUGCGGAAGACCACGUCAUUGCCGGCAAGAUUGCUGAAGUUAUCGGUCAAUGGAAUGACGAGAAGCCAGUUUCUGGCACUAUUCCACCAGAGGAAGCAUCUCGUACCUUGAGCUCUUUCCAGUCUCGCCUCGAGUCUCUCCAGUCUGAGUUUGAGAUGGUGUCCAAGGCCAAGGAAGCUCUGGAUCUUCCCCCAAGUUCCGAGUCCUCACUUCCCCCAUCCUUGAGGAGUCUCAAUGACCUUCGCGAUGGGCUGUGGACCAGCGUGCAGCCCAGGAAGCUCCGACAAUCUCUCGACAAUUUGAUCAAAAUGACCAAGGAGAUGCCCAGUCGCAUGAGACAAUAUGCUGCCUUUGAACAUAUUCAGAAUGUCCUUCGGCAGCUGCUGAAGGUCAAUUCCCUUUUGUCUGACAUGAAAUCUGAGGCCGUCAAAGAAAGACACUGGCACAAGAUUUACAAGAGUCUUAAACCUGACAAGCGUUUCUCUCUUGUCUCUUUGACUCUUGGUGAUGUCUGGGAUCUGCAACUCGCAUCAAGCGAUUCCAUCAUUCGUGCUAUCAUCGCACAGGCACAGGGUGAGAUGGCAUUGGAGGAAUUCCUCAAGUCGGUUCGCGAGACUUGGCAAAACUAUUCCCUGGACCUGGUGCACUACCAGAACAAAUGCCGCCUUAUCAAAGGCUUUGACGAUCUGUUCGCCAAGUGCAGCGAGAAUCUGAACUCCCUCCAGGCCAUGAGACAUUCUCCGUACUACAAAGAAUUCGAAGAAGAAGCCACAUCUUGGGAAGAUAAAUUGAACCGAGUCCAUGUUCUUUUCGACGUCUGGAUCGAUGUUCAGCGACAAUGGGUCUACCUGGAAGGCGUCUUUACUGGCAAUGCUGACAUCAAGCAUCUUCUUCCUUUGGAAUCGGGACGUUUCCAGAAUAUUAACUCUGAAUUCUUUACUGUCAUGAAGAAGGUGUACAAGUCUCCAUUCGUUUUGGAUAUUCUCGCAAUUGUUGAUGUGCAAAAGUCCUUGGAGAGACUGGCUGAUUUGCUCAACAAAAUCCAAAAGGCGCUCGGUGAAUAUUUGGAGCGUGAACGUGUCUCAUUCCCUCGCUUCUACUUUGUUGGAGAUGAGGAUCUGUUGGAGAUUAUUGGUAACAGCAAUGACAUCUUCCGCGUCGCCAAGCAUUUCAAGAAGAUGUUUGCUGGAAUGUCAGGUCUUGUCAUGGAUGACGAUAACAAUAUUGUUGCAUUCACCUCUAAGGAGGGCGAAGAAGUCCGUUUGAAGAAAGAAGUCAAUCUCCUCAAGACUCCUCGGAUCAAUGACUGGCUCUCCGCGCUAGAGACCAGCAUGAAGUUGACUCUGGCAGAGCUUCUCGGCGAGGCCGUUGAACAAUUUGAAGUUCUUUACCAUUCCAGCGAUGUGGACCGAACGGCUUUCAAUGACUUCCUGUCUAACUACCCUGCUCAGAUUGUGGUCCUCGCCAGUCAGGUUACUUGGACCAACGCAGUGCAACAUUCCUUGGAGGAAGGAGGUGCAACUCUCCCCGCGUUGCACGGUUCUGAAGUUCGGAUCCUCGAGUUGCUGGCUGCCACGGUGCUUGGUGAACUCGAUCCCAUCACUCGCAAGAAGUGUGAGCAUAUGAUCACGGAAUUCGUUCACCAGCGCGAUUGUAUCUCCAAGCUCAUAAGUCUUAAUGCCACGACACCCACGCACUACCAUUGGCUCCUCCAGAUGCGUUAUGUCUUCAACGAUUCGGGCGAUUUCUUGGAGCGCCUGUAUGUCCACAUGGCCAACGCUAAGCUCGCCUACGGAUUUGAGUAUCUGGGCGUGCCUGAGCGUCUUGUCCGCACGCCUCUCACAGAUCGUUGUUUCCUCACCCUUACUCAGGCUCUUUGUCAGCGACUGGGUGGUUCACCCUAUGGUCCUGCUGGUACCGGAAAAACCGAGUCAGUCAAGGCAUUGGGCCUGCAACUCGGUCGUUUCACCCUUGUCUUCUGUUGUGAUGACACAUUCGAUUUCCAAGCAAUGGGUCGGAUUUUCCUUGGUAUCUGUCAGGUUGGUGCUUGGGGUUGCUUUGACGAGUUCAACCGUCUGGAGGAACGUAUUCUGUCGGCCGUCUCUCAGCAAAUUCAGAAUAUCCAGAUUGGUCUGAAAACUGGCGGAGAUGGCGACAAGUCCCAAAUCGAACUCGUCGGAAGACGACUCGCUGUGAACUCCAACACCGGAAUUUUCAUUACCAUGAACCCUGGUUACGCUGGUCGUUCUAACUUGCCAGACAACUUGAAGAAGCUGUUCCGCAGUGUUGCCAUGUCCAAACCGGACAAGGAACUCAUUGCGGAAGUGAUGCUUUUCUCCCAAGGUUUCAAGCAGGCCAAGCCUCUCUCCAAGCAGACUGUUCCUUUCUUCGACCACUGUGCUUCCCGACUCUCCAAGCAGGCCCAUUACGACUUCGGUCUCCGUGCAUUGAAGAGUGUGCUUGUUAGCUCAGGUGGUCUUAAGCGCGCUCGUCUUGCCAAUGCCGACGGAGAGCUAGGCCCCGAAGAUGUCAUUGAGCCUCAAAUUAUUGUUCAAAGUCUCCGGGAGACAAUCGCUCCUAAGCUUAUCCGAGAAGAUGUGGAAAUCAUGUUGGAUAUUCAGAUGGAAGACUUCGCUGGCGUGGAUUAUGUGCCUGCCAACUUCGAGAAACUCACCCAGGCGAUUCGUGAUAUUGCUACCAAAGAGCAACAUCUUGUCGACAGCGAGAUGUGGAUCACUAAGGCACUGCAACUCUACCAAAUUCAAUGCAUCCACCAUGGUGUCAUGAUGGUUGGAAAGUCAGGGGCCGGUAAAUCGGCUGCCUGGAAGAUUCUACUGCAAGCGAUGCAGCGAAUUGAAGGCGUUGAGGGCGUCUCUCACAUCAUCGACUCCAAGGUCAUGUCUAAGGAGUCUCUCUAUGGUAACCUUGACAGCACUACCCGUGAAUGGACGGACGGUCUCUUCACUGGAAUUCUAAGAAAGAUCGUGGACAACCUCCGAGGCGAGGACAGCAAACGUCAUUGGAUUGUUUUCGACGGAGAUGUUGAUCCUGAGUGGGUUGAGAAUCUGAACAGUGUUCUAGAUGACAACAAACUCCUCACUCUUCCCAACGGAGAACGCCUCAACUUACCUUCCAAUGUUCGUAUCAUGUUCGAAGUUGAAAGCUUGAAGUAUGCCACGCUUGCUACAGUCAGUCGUUGCGGUAUGGUGUGGUUCAAUGCCGACACUGUUACUCCAACCAUGAUGAUCUCCAAUUACGUCGAAAGCCUCAGGACAAAGACAUUCGAAGACCUGGACGAAGACAGCGCACCUGCAGGAACAGCAGCAAUCCGGACACAGGAUGCCCAGGACACAGUUGCAACAAUUCUCAAACAGUUCCUGGAGGUUGAUGACCUGGUUCUUAAGGCUUUGGAGGAAGCAAAGAAAUACAACCAUAUCAUGGAGUUCACGGAUAUUCGCGCUCUCAACACUCUCUUCAGCUUGUUGAACAAGGCCUGCCGAAAUGUUCUCGAAUACAAUGCCCAGCAUCCAGACUUCCCUCUGGACCCUGAACAGAUCGAGUCCUAUAUGUCCAAGAAGCUUCUUCUAACACUGGUCUGGUCUCUUACCGGUGAUUGUCCACUGAGUGACCGCAAGACGUUCGGAAAAUUCAUCACUGGAAUGUCUACGAUCGAUCUUCCACCGGACGGCGAUUCAUCUCUCAUUGACUACGAUGUUAUUCUUCCCAAGUCUGACUGGACCAGCUGGCAUUCACAGGUGCCCACGAUUGAUAUCAACACACAUUCCGUCACUCAAACCGACGUCAUUAUCCCCACGGUCGAUACUGUCCGUCACGAGGAUGUGCUGUACUCGUGGCUUGCUGAGCAUAAACCCUUGUUGCUCUGUGGUCCUCCUGGAUCUGGUAAGACCAUGACAUUGUUCGCCGCGCUCCGAAAGCUUCCGAACAUGGAGGUUGUUGGUCUCAACUUCUCGAGUGCCACCACACCUGACCUCUUGGUCAAGACCUUUGAGCAGUACUGUGAGUACAAGAAGACUCUUAAUGGUGUGGUGAUGUCUCCGAACCAGAUCGGCCGCUGGCUUGUCAUUUUCUGUGACGAGAUCAAUCUUCCGGCCCCUGAUCGCUACGGCACCCAGCGCGCCAUCUCCUUCCUGCGUCAACUUGUGGAGCAGAAUGGCUUCUGGAGGACUACGGACAAGACUUGGGUUACUCUGGAUCGCAUUCAAUUUGUUGGUGCCUGUAACCCUCCUACGGAUGCUGGUCGUACGCCGAUGGCCGAGAGAUUCCUGCGUCAUGCGCCCCUGAUCAUGGUCGACUACCCCGGCGAAAUCUCUCUCAACCAGAUUUAUGGCACAUUCAACUCUGCUGUGCUUAAGAUCCUUCCGUUGCUGCGUGGAUACUCGGAGGCCCUCACUAGGGCUAUGGUUCAGUUCUACCUCGAAUCCCAGACCCGCUUCACGCCCCAAAUCCAGCCCCACUAUGUGUACUCCCCCCGUGAGCUCACCAGAUGGGUUCGUGGUCUGUACGAGGCCAUCAAGCCACUGGAAACUCUUUCUGUUGAAGGCCUGGUCCGCAUUUGGGCGCACGAAGCCCUGCGUCUAUUCCAGGACAGACUCGUGGAUGAAGACGAGAGAGCUUGGACGGCAGAUGCUGUUCGCCGCAUUGCCUUGGAGCAUUUCCCUACAAUCGAUGACCAAGAAGCACUGAAGGGCCCGAUCCUGUUCUCCAACUGGCUAUCUAAGAACUAUGUGCCUGUCGAACAGGAGAGUCUACGUGAAUUCGUGAAGGCACGUCUAAGAACCUUCUGCGAAGAAGAGGUGGAUGUUCCGCUUGUGUUGUUCAACGAUGUCCUUGAACACGCGCUACGCAUCGAUCGAGUCUUCCGCCAGCCUCAAGGUCAUCUAAUCCUUAUCGGUGUGAGCGGCAGUGGAAAGACAACCCUAUCUCGCUUCGUCGCUUGGAUGAAUGGUCUGAAGGUCUUCCAGAUCAAGGUACACGGGAAGUACUCUUCUGAAGAUUUCGAUGAUGAUCUUCGCAGUGUUCUUCGCCGGGCAGGAUGCAAGGGUGAAAAGAUUUGUUUCAUUAUGGACGAAUCAAACGUCCUUGAUUCUGGAUUCCUGGAACGCAUGAACACUUUGCUUGCAAACGCAGAAGUCCCUGGUCUGUUCGAGGGUGAUGAAUUCUCCUCGUUGAUGACUGCUUGUAAAGAGGGUGCCCAACGCCAAGGCUUGCUCCUCGAUUCGCAGGAGGAGCUAUACAAGUGGUUCACCUCGCAAAUUGUGAAGAACCUUCACGUUGUGUUUACCAUGAACCCGCCAGAGGAGGGCCUAUCUUCAAAGGCAGCUACUAGUCCAGCCUUGUUCAAUCGUUGUGUUCUGAACUGGAUGGGUGACUGGUCUGACCAAGCCCUGUUCCAGGUUGGCUCCGAGCUCACUCAAUCGGUCGAUCUGGACAAGCCAAACUUUAUCUCGCCUGAUAGCAUCCCAGUGGCCUACCGCGAGUUGGCUCUCCCAGCAUCACACAGAGAUACUGUUGUCAACUCCAUGGUGUAUAUCCACCACUCUUUGCAUCGCUUCAAUUCGCGGCUUCAGAAGCAACAGGGCCGGGCAACUUUCCUCACCCCUCGCCAUUAUCUCGACUUUGUUGCGCAGUACGUUAAGCUGUUCAACGAGAAGCGCGAGGAUCUCGAGGAACAACAGCGUCACUUGAACAUUGGUCUCGAAAAACUUCACGACACCGUCGACAAAGUGAGCGACCUUCGGGCUAGUCUCGCACAAAAGAAGACACAAUUGGAGAAGAAGGAUACGGAAGCGAACGAGAAAUUGCAGCGUAUGGUUGCUGAUCAGCAGGAGGCAGAACAGCGGAAGCACGUUUCAUUGGAAGUGCAGGCCGCGUUGGAGAUACAAGAGAAGGAAGUGGCAACUCGGAAAGAAGUUGUCCUGAACGAUCUGGCUCGGGCUGAACCCGCUGUCCUAGAAGCCCAGAAGAGUGUCAGCAACAUUAAGCGUCAACACCUCACGGAAGUUCGGUCCAUGGGUAACCCUCCGGCCAGCGUCCGACUUGCCCUGGAAGCCGUGUGCACACUCCUCGGUCACACCGUCGACAGUUGGAAGACAAUCCAAGGCCUCAUUCGUCGGGAUGAUUUCAUUGCCAGCAUUGUCAACUAUGACAAUGAGCGCCAGAUGACGCGCAGGCACCGUACCAAGAUGCAGAAUGAGUUCCUCUCGAAGGAAGAUUUCACAUAUGAGCGAGUCAACCGCGCUAGUAAGGCCUGUGGUCCUCUUGUGCAAUGGGUCGAAGCCCAGGUCAACUACUCUGCAAUUCUUGAUCGUGUUGGUCCUCUACGUGACGAGGUGGACCAACUCGAGGAGCGGGCCCUACAAACCAAGGCCGAAGCUCAGGCCAUUGAAAAUACCAUCAACGACCUCGAAAGCAGCAUUGCUACCUACAAAGCCGAGUACGCGGCCCUUAUCAGUGAGACGCAGGCGAUCAAGACCGAGAUGAACCGAGUUCAGUUCAAGGUCGACCGCAGUGUUCGUUUGCUUGAUAGUUUGUCCUCUGAGCGUGAGCGCUGGGAAGAUGGAAGCAAGUCAUUCGAAACUCAGAUCAGCACCCUCGUUGGCGAUGUCCUCAUUGCAGCUGCAUUCCUUGCAUAUGCUGGUCUGUACGAUCAGCAAUUCCGUAAGGCGAUGGCUGAGGACUGGGUCCACCAACUGGGGGCCUCUGGCAUUCACUUCAAGCCUCACAACCCCAUCACGGAAUACUUGUCCAAUGCCGAUGAGCGUCUGACCUGGCAGAGUCAUUCUCUUCCCGUUGACGACCUUUGCACUGAGAACGCCAUCAUCCUCAAGAGAUUCAACAGAUACCCACUUAUUGUUGAUCCAUCUGGCCGUAUUACAGAAUUCCUACAGAAGGAAAGCAAAGAUCGCAAGCUUACUGUCACGAGCUUUUUGGACGAUUCCUUUGUCAAGCAAUUGGAGAGCGCGUUGCGUUUCGGAAACCCCAUCCUUAUCCAGGAUGCCGAGCACUUGGACCCUAUUCUCAACCACGUUCUCAACAAGGAAUACCAGAGGACUGGUGGCCGUGUCCUCAUUCAAUUGGGCAAGCAAGAAAUUGAUUUCUCGCCAUCCUUCAAGCUCUUCCUAUCGACCCGCGAUCCAUCUGCCUCGUUCCCGCCGGAUAUUUGCAGUCGUACCACCUUCGUCAACUUUACUGUCACCCAGAGCAGCUUGCAAACACAGUCCUUGAAUGAUGUCCUGAAAUUCGAGCGGCCCGAUGUCGAUGAGCGUCGCAACAAUCUCGUCAAGAUGCAAGGAGAGUUCAAGGUCCACCUUCGACAACUCGAGAAGCGUCUUUUGCAAGCUCUCAACGAGUCUCGUGGUAAUAUUCUCGAUGAUGACAAUGUCAUUGAAACUCUUGAGACUCUCAAGAAGGAGGCUGCCGAUAUUUCUCUGAAGAUGGACCAGACCGAAGGCGUUAUGCUCGAGGUGGAUAACGUUACGCAGAACUACAGCAUCAUUGCCCGUUCAUGCAGCGCCGUCUUCGCGGUUCUGGAACAACUUCACCACAUUAACCACUUCUACCAGUUCUCUUUGCAGUACUUUGUCGAUAUUUUCAACUCUGUUCUCUACCAGAACAAACGCCUUGCUCAGGAGAAGGAUCAUUCUGCUCGUGUCCAGAUUAUUGUUAGGGACUUGUUUAUCAACACCUACAAGCGAACCUCGCUGGGUCUCGUUCAAAAGGAUCGCAUCACCCUUGCCAUCCUGCUUGCUCAAGCUACUCCAUUCCCCAUGGACAGGACCAUUCUUGACCGUGUCCUGGAUGAGACAGUGGAGGACACUGAUCUUUCAACUGCCGUGGACGCCCGCGACCAAGUGCUGACAAAGUUGGCCAACAUGUCCCUCUUCAAAGAGCAUCUUCCGAAUGUCACCCAAGAACAGUGGGAUCGCUUCUUCGGCGAGGAGCUUGCAGAGAACGUCGUUCCGGUCAUGUGGGAUGAGAGUGUGUCGCAACUCGACCAGCUCCUUCGGUCGUUGCUCCUUGUCAAGAUUUGCCGCAUGGACCGAUUUGUGCCCACCGCCGAGCGUUUCAUCGAGGCGGUGUUCGGCCGCGAGCUCUUCGAGGGUGGUGCCGACCUAAAGGAUGUAGUUGACCAAGUCACUGCAACCAGGCCCAUCGCGCUCAGCUCCAGCCCUGGCUUCGAUGCCAGUUACAAGGUCGACGCUCUUGUCGAAGCUACACGCGCAACCUGCGCCAACAUCGCCAUGGGCUCCAACGAAGGUCUCGAAAGCGCUGACAAGGCCAUCAGCAACGCAGCUGCAGUCGGUAACUGGGUGUUGGUCAAGAACGUCCACCUGGCGCCUGCUUGGUUGCAGAGUCUCGAAAAGAGACUGGAUUCCCUCAAGCCACACAAGGAAUUCCGCCUCUUCUUGUCUAUGGAGUCCAGCCCUAAGAUCCCUGUCAAUUUGAUCCGGGCCUCGCGUGUGCUGAUGUACGAACAGCCCGCGGGUGUGCGUGCAAAUAUGAAGGAUUCCCUCUCUUCGCUGAAUGUGAGAGCCAGCAAGGCUCCUGUCGAAAAGGCCCGUGUCUACCUCUUGCUCUGCUUCCUGCACGCCGUCGUCCAAGAAAGACUCCGCUAUGCACCAAGCCUUGGAUGGAAGGGCUUCUGGGAGUUCAACGACAGCGACUAUGAAUGCUCAGCCUUCAUCAUCGACCACUGGGUCGAUUCAGUAUCCCAAGGUCGUUCCAACGUUGCUCCGCAGAAGAUUCCAUGGGAGAUGAUCCGCACUCUUGUCGCAGAGAUGUACGGUGGUAAAAUCGACGACGCGGGAGACUACCAGCAGCUCGAGAACCUGGUCAAUAGCUUCCUGACACCAGCCGCCUUCGAAGACGGCUACAAGCUCGUCUCGGGUGUAGAGAACGACAACCUUUUGACACUGCCAGAGACAACUAGCAUGCGCGACUUCGUCGCCUGGGUUAACAACCUGCCGGAGCGUGAGCCCCCUACAUACCUGGGUCUCCCUGCCAAUGCCGAGAAGCUCUUGCUGGUCGGCCAUGGCCGUAAGAUGAUUUCUGAUCUCUCGCGCGUUACGACUCUUCUUGAUGAAGGAGAGCAGUUGAUGGUCGAUACCUGA